AUGGUUGUUGAAGUGUUUUCUGCUUCAGCGUAUGGUGCCCUGGUUCCGUUGAAGGUAUGGCGAUUGUACUCCGAGGCGGACUCGUCCAUCUACAUGUUCGAGAGAUCCUGCUCGUCGCAUUGCCGCAAUGGCUGUACGCAACUGGCUGACAUGGAACAUCGCUUCGUUGGGCACCUUCUUUACAAUGCUCAAAUUGAAAAUAGUAAAAACAACGAAGUUACUCUGUUAGCUGACGUCAAAGGAUCCUUAAUAGGAAAGCUUUGUGAUCUCGUCAUCACAUAGUGCUCGUUCUGCUGUGACACCAACUUCUGCAAUGCAAUGAUCUCUUCCAUGUCCGAGCUUAGUUACAACGGUGCCAUCGUCGCGUUUUUCGUCGCCAAUGCCCACCAGCUGUUCGCAUGA